UCCUGCCCAAUCUCCCGGCGACGCACGCCGCCGCCGCAGCCGCAGCCGCAGCCCUUCCUCUCUGCACCUAAUCGCCGGCGGCGCGUCUCGCCUCGCCUCAUCCUCCAGAGCAGAGCAGGAGAACGAAAAGCAGGGGGGAGCUCACCGAUCAUGGCUGACUACGAGCAGGAGCAGGAGAUGGAGGUGGAGGCCCUGCAGGCCAUCCUCAUGGACGACAUCAAGGAGAUCGAUCCCAGCGAGAGCGGGCUCAGCACCACGGCCCGGUGCUUUCAGAUCCUGCUGUCUCCGCAGGAUGAUGAUUUUGACGAGUCAGCUUAUGUGCCAGUCCAACUGGCUCUGAUUUUUGCGCACACCGAAAAAUAUCCAGACGAGCCUCCACUUUUGAAUGUAAAAAGUGUACGAGGAAUCAAAUCAGAAGAUCUUGCAUCCUUGAAAGAAAAGCUUGACCAAGAAGCAACUGAAAAUCUCGGUAUGGCUAUGGUCUAUACUCUUGUCACAUCGGCUAAAGAGUGGUUAAGUGAGAAAUAUGGACAGAAUGCUGGAGAUGAUGAAUCUGAAGAAAAUGAGUCUGAAGAAGAGGAGGUCAUAGUGCCCCAUGGUGAAGCUGUUACUGUAGAGAGUUUUAUGGCUUGGAGAGAACGCUUUGAAGCUGAGUUAGCGCUACAGCGUGCCAAGCUUAUGCCAGAGUCAGCUCUUACAGCUCCAAAGGAAAAGAAACUCUCAGGAAGACAGUAUUUCGAGAGUGGAAGGCAUACGAUGAAAGGAGCAAGCACAACUGCUGACGAAGAGGAGGAAGAAGAGGAAGACAUCGACUUUGAUGAAGACUUCGAUGAUGAUGAAGAGGACAUGCUUGAGCAUUAUUUGGCAGAACAGUCAGGCAAAUCGUCAGCUUAGGCUUUAUUACCAUAGAAGAGGCAUUUUGGGCAAAAUAUGUUUCUAGGAGAGCACAGCCUGGUUAUAUAUUACAGGUGAAGCCU